UAGAUUUUGCUUUAUCUGUCUUUGAAAUAACCUAAAUACUAUGAUAAUAUUUCGCCAAAAUUAGUCAUUGCAACAGAAGUUACCGAUAUGCUAUUAGUGUUUAAUUGAUGAACGAUUUAUUUUGUAGAAGUAAACUAUUCAACAACUUACAACGAAGUAAUUGAAAAUGAAUGUUUCUAUGUGUAAAGUGUUUUAUGAUUGCACAUUAUUAUGAAAAGCUGUAAAAUUGUUUACAGUAGUCAAGGUUAUUAUGGUUGAAAGUUAUAUAAUGCAAAUAUUUUCCGUGAGUGAAUCAGUCAGUUGACAAUGAACACAAUGUUCGCACAGAAUACAUGUUUCCAUGUUUCCUCUCUUGUAAAGUAUCACUGGAAGAGAUGUUAUCAAUGCAUGAAGUUAUUUUCUUCACAAGCUCACGAUCAGACCCCUGGUGACGGUCCUUGGUCAAUAUACUCACAGAGGGUAUCAAGUGGAGUUUUAACUAAAGAUACAUAUCAGGAAACUGUUGUUGAAAACCUGCAGCGAGUGUAUAAUGAAGUGGUUGCUUAUGAAAGACCUGUAUUACAUAGUCCUAGUGCAGGAUCACUUUUUAGCUUCUUUAAGAAACCUGAGCCUCAGAAGAUUGUUGCUCCCAAUGGACUUUAUAUAUAUGGCAGUGUUGGAGGAGGGAAGACCAUGUUAAUGGAUUUAUUUUAUGAAACUGUGCCGAUUAAAGAGAAGUUGAGGGUUCAUUUCAAUUCCUUCAUGUUGAACAUUCAUGCUAGGAUUCAUGAAUUGAAAAUUAAAUCUGGAAAAGGAGCAAGUUCAUUCCGUGAUGAAGGUUCAAAGCCAUUUGAUCCAAUCCCUCCAGUGGCAGCAGAUAUAACCCAGGAGUCAUGGCUUAUUUGUUUUGAUGAAUUUCAAGUAACAGAUAUUGGGGAUGCUAUGAUAUUGAAACGUCUUUUCACACAAUUAUUUGACAAUGGUUGUGUUGUAAUAGCAACUAGUAAUAGAAAACCUGAUGACUUGUACAAAAAUGGACUGCAGAGAUCAAACUUCUUGCCAUUUAUACCUGUACUAAAAUCUCAUUGUGAUAUAAUUCAAUUAGAUUCAGGUGUUGACUAUAGAUUACGUGGUACAGGCAAUAAGUAUAGUAAAUACUUUCUAAACAAUGAACUGACUCCCGACAAUAAUGCAGUAGACAACUUGUUUAAAUUCCUUGUAUCGAAAGAAAAUGAUACGGUGCGACCUCGAGUUAUCAAUAUAAUGGGUAGGAAUGUCAAGUUCGCCAAAUCGUGUGGAAGAAUUCUGGAUUCUACCUUUGAGGAAUUAUGUGAUAGGCCUCUUGGAGCUAGCGAUUAUCUUGUGAUAUCCAAGACAUUUCACACCGUUUUUAUAAGAAACCUUCCACAGUUAUCAGUACAUACGCAUAGAUCACAACUAAGGAGGUUUAUCACACUUAUAGAUACAUUGUAUGAUAACAGAGUGAGGGUUGUUAUCGCAGCAGAUUGCGACCCGAAAGAUUUGUUUAAAUUAGAUCAGAAAACAGAGUAUGUUGAUGCCGAUAGAGCGCUCAUGGAUGACUUGAAAAUUACAAAGGACUCUGAGGAUGCUAAUGCUGCCAUAUUUACGGGUGAAGAAGAAAUGUUUGCAUGUGAUCGCAGCUUAUCGAGAAUCAUGGAAAUGCAAACUGAAGAGUACUGGGAAAAAUGGGGCAAACAUCUUAAUUAAUGUCCUAUAGUCAUUAUAGUUCAAUUUUUAAAUAGAAAAAUGUAUAUUCUGUU